GCAGCAGGGCGACGGUGUCAGUGCUGGAUGUGAAGAUGGGGCACACUCUGCUCUGUGUGCUGUCCUUAUUCUUGCUGAAUACACUCUUCUACGGAAAGGCUGAAGAAUCUGAACUGAAGGCCACUCUGACAGCAGACAGGACAGUUAUACCAGCAGGGGGCAGUGUGGCACUGACCUGCUCUGUGAACGGCUCUGAUCACUGGAAAUACUACGGGUUCAGACGUGACUCACACUCUGCAGCUGAUCCAGUAAGAGAUGUUAGAGCAGGCGGAGUUAUGGUUGUCUCAGAGGGAGGUUUCUACCACUGCAGAGGAGGGAGAGGAGACCCAGAGUUCUUCACUCAGAACAGUGAGGAAGUCCUCAUUCAGAAAACUGUUUCAUGUAGGGUCACUGUGACCCUGCAGCCCAACUGGUCUGUGAUAUACAGAGGAGAGAAGAUCACUGUCAGAUGUGAGAUCCAGGGAGGUGGAGACACUGGGUGGACGUAUGAAUGGAGAACACCCAGCUCAAACAAUCCUCCAUCACACAGUGAAUACACUAUCAGCAGAGUUACUGAGUCUCACAGUGGUGACUACAGGUGUAGAGGUAGAAGAGACUAUUCCUUAACAGAGUGGAGUCGGGUCCUGAGAUUGACAGUAUCACCCAAUAAACCCCAGGCCUCACUGACAGCAGGCAGCAGAGUCCUACCAGCAGGGGGCAGAGUGACUCUGACCUGCUCUGUGAACCCAUCACCUGGUUGGAAAUACUACUGGUACAGAGAGAAUAAACUCUCUGAACCUCUGAACAGACAUGAUGCUGUUUCCCAGACAACUGGAACAACCAGUGUCUCACAGGAAGGACUCUACAGGUGCAGAGGAGGAAGAGGAGACCCAGUUUACUACACACACUUCAGUCAGGCAGUUAGGAUUGACACCAUUGUCUCAAACACGGCUGUUGUGACUCUGCAACCAAACUGGACUGAGAUAUACAAAGGAGAGAGGAUCACUGUCAGCUGUGAGAUCCAGGGAGGAGGAGACACUGAGUGGACGUAUGAAUGGGAAACGCCCAGAUCACUCAAACCUUCAAAUCAACAAGAAUACAGGAUUAGUUCUGCUUCAUCAUCCCACAGUGGAGACUACAGGUGUAUGGGCAGGAUGAAAAGUGCACAUCGUAAUACAACAGAGUGGAGUGAUUCAGUCAAAUUGACAGUGUAUGACAAUAAACCCCGGCCUGUCCUCACUGUGUCUCCAUCAUGGCUGAGUCCUGGAGCCUCAGUAACUCUGAAGUGUGAGGUUGAACAUCCAUCUGCAGGAUGGAGGUUCUACUGGUACAAGGCUGUUCCUGAUGGAUCACAGCGCUCCUACAGCUAUGAGCUGCUCCCUGGAAGCAGCAGUGGGACUGAACAGGAUUCCUACAUCGUCCAUGGUCAGACACACACAGCAGGAUAUGUGUGUGUAGCUGGAAGAGGAGACCCAGUGAUUUACACUGAGACUAGUGAAGUAAAGUUUGUCUGGUCUGGAGAUGUUCGUCCAUCAGCGUCUCUCACAGUGAGUCCUGACAGAGCGCAGCACUUCACCUCUGACUCUGUCUCACUGAGCUGUGAGGGAAACUCUACUGAGUGGAGAGUGAGGAGGUUUGAUGAGAGUAACUACCUGUCACACUGCUCUGACUGGGGGAGAAUGACCGGAUCCACAUGUAACAUUUACAGUUAUGGGCCCAGUAAUGCAGUGUACUGGUGUGAGUCUGGAUCAGGAGAGUUCAGCAACACAGUCAACAUCACUGUACAGAAUUAUUAUACUCAUGGUAUUAUCCUGCUGAGCCCCGCCCGUCCUGUGACUGAGGGAGAGUCUGUCACUCUUGGCUGCGAAUUCAGGACAGAGAGAAAUAUUUCCAGUGUGUUUUUCUAUCAGAAUGACAAACUCAUCCACA